UAAAGUCUCUCAUAGAUGAAGCGCUCCAAAAGAUCGCUAGUCGAAUGGACUUGGUAGCUCGAAGGCAGUUAAAAACAAACUCGGAUGGGAAAGCAGAGGUGAAGGCAUAUGAUAUGAUGAAGAUUUCUGCAUUCUCGCUGGCCUGUAGCCAUUUUGCUAGUAUUGAGAGAGAGGAGGGCUGAGCUUUCUGUUCUCUUCACGGUUUUGGACCUGAAAAUUCCUGGAGCAAGGCAAUAUGAAGCGAAAAAGAGAGAGCUUAGGAAGGAGAUGGAGGAGAGAAAGGUGGCUUUGAGUGAUGAAAGAUCGAGCCCGAAGCAAGACCUAUUGUCCUAUUUACUCAUCACUGCUGAUAACCAGGGGUGGUUAUAUGAGCGAUACAGAGGUGGUGAACAAUAUCUUGCUCUUGCUUUUCUCGGGCCAUGACACGAGCAGUUCGACAAUAUUGAUGGUUUUGAAGCAUAUGGCUGAGAAGCCUUACUUCUACGAGGAGAUCCUCAAAGGCGUGGGACUCCUGUGUGUAUACAACACAUAUACAGGGGUGGGGUUUGAGCCAGUAAUGGAGCAGGGAGUGAUGAUGCUUCUUUCGGUGCUUGUGAUUGGCUUUGUUACUUUGAUGGUGGUGUGCCGGUGGUGGUGCUGCCAGCAUGACCAAAAGGGCCUCAAGCUCCCCCCAGGAACCAUGGGAUGGCCCCUCAUAGGGGAGACCCUCCAAUUUUUAGGCAGCAAUGAAGGUUUCAUCAAAGAGAAGACUAAAAAAUAUAAGACUGAGGUCUUCAAGACAAAUUUCCUCGGCAGGCCACUUGCAGUAUUUUGUGGAGCCGCGGGCAAUAAAUUUGUGUUCUCAAAUGAGAACCGAGUGCUCGUAACCACAUGGCCGCCCUCUGUUGUGAGGAUAUUUGGCACUGCACUGAACACCACAACAGGGGACGAUGCCAAACGAACGCGUAAACUCCUAAUGGCUUUUUUGAGGCCGGAGGCACUCCAAAAGUUCAUUAGUCGAAUGGACUUGGUAGCUCGAGAGCACUUUAGAACACACUGGGAUGGGAAACCAGUGGUGAAGGCAUAUGAUAUGAUGAAGGCUUAUGUAUUCUCUCUGGCCUGUAGCCAGUUUGCUAGUAUUGAGCGAGAGGAGCGUCGGGCUGAGCUCUCUGCUCUCUUCACGGUUAUGGUCAAGGGGCUAAUGAGUUUGGACCUGAAAAUUCCUGGAACAAGCCAUUAUAAGGCUAAAAAGGCGGCAGUUGCGCUAAAGAAAGAGCUUAGGAAAGAGAUGGAGGAGAGAAAGGUGGCUUUAAGUGAGGGAAGAUCGAGUCCGAAGCAAGACCUAUUGUCGUAUUUACUCACCACUGCUGAUGACCAGGGCGGUUAUAUGAGCGAUACAGAGGUGGUGGACAAUAUCUUGCUCUUGCUAUUCUCUGGCCAUGACACGAGCAGUUCGACCCUGUUGAUGGUCUUGAAGCAUUUGGCUGAUAAGCCUAACAUCUACAAUGAGAUCCUCAGAGAGCAAAGGGAAAUUGCCCAAUCCAAGAACAAGGAAGAACUACUAAAUUGGGAAGACAUCAGAAAGAUGAAAUACACAUGGAAUGCGGUGUGCGAGGUGAUGAGAGUUUCACCAGUAGUCGGGGGAACUUUCAGGCGCGCCAUAACUGACUUUAAUUAUGCUGGCUUCCACAUACCUAAGGAUUGGACGCUCCAUUGGAGUGCGCAUACUACACACAUGACAGCAGAGUAUUUUCCAGAGCCUGAAAAAUUCGACCCCUCCCGCUUCGAGGGAAAGGGACCACCGCCCUACACGUUCGUGCCUUUUGGUGGGGGGCCACGCAUGUGCCCCGGGCUUGAGUUUGCAAGAGCCGAGAUGCUAGUCUUCUUGCACAAUUUGGUGAAGAAUUAUAAAUGGGAAUUGGUUUUCCCAAAUGAGAAGAUACACAUGGAGCCUUUGCCUGCUGCUGCAAAGGGACUUCCAAUUCACCUCCACCCACAUCAGCAACAUUCAUGAUCUCUCUCUAUCUUUCUCUCAAAGUUAAGGUUGCUGAAUAACCUAUGAACCAAUCGUUUGCUAUAUAACUGAAGUGUUUAAUGCUUGCUUUUCAAUGAAAUGAAUGGUCCUAGCAAGUGUAA